UUCAUCCCUGUUUGCUUGUUUCAGCUUUGUGUUAGUAGAGUUUCAAAAACAUGUUUGAAGCAAAAGUUGAAAAGGCCUCUUUUUUUAAAAAAAUUGUUGACGCUGUUAAAGAUUUAAUUGAAGUGGCCAAUGUAGAAUGCGGAGACACCGGAUUAUCAAUGCAAGCUAUGGAUAGUUCUCAUGUCUCUUUAGUUUUCUUGUCUAUAAGCAAGAAAGGCUUUUCUUUCUAUCGUUGCGACCGAGCUCGGCAGAUGGGUAUUAAUUUUGGAUCCUUGGCAAGGAUCUUAAAAUGUGCCGCAAAUGAUGAUGAGUUCACUCUCAAGCAUCAAAUAGAUGACGCCACUGUUAGCUGUCUUCUUGAGAGUAAAGUGGCAGACAAGGUUUCCGAGUUUGCGAUGAACUUACUUGAGAUUGAUGAAGAGCGUUUAGGCAUUCCCGAUAAAGAGUACGACUGUAAAGUUACUAUCCCGUCUAUUGAAUUUCAAAGAAUUUGCCGCGACUUAAGUAAAUUCAGCGAUACUGUCUCAGUAAAAUGCUCUAAAGAUGGGAUUAAAUUUUCUGCUGCGGGUGAUAACGGUACUUGCAAUAUUGUACUCGGCCAAUCCUCUUGUGUAGAUAAAAGCGAGGCGUCGGUCGUCAUUGAUUCGAAGAAGACUGUUGAACUUAAUCUUGCGUUAAGUUUUCUUACAACAUUUACGAAAGCCACACCACUUUCUACCAGCGUUGUUCUCCAUCUUCACCACGAUAUGCCGUUGGUGGUAGAGUAUGCUUUGGAAGAUUGUGGCCACAUUAAAUACUAUUUAGCCCCCAAAAUCGAGGAUGAUGCUGAGCGUUAA